GAGUUAUGAAGAGGAUUAUUUUGUCUAACUGGCGCAGUACUGCCUUAGUUUUCUUCGGAUGUUUUAUUGUUUUCUUCGUUUGGAAUUUAAAUGGUAAAACAGCCAAAAAUACCCUCCAAGUUACGUAUGGCAAUCUAGCAAACUAUGAGCUAACACUACGCUGCCUUCUCCGUCUCACGGUAGCAUUACUCGUCUCUGUCUUUUAGCGAUUUACGACACGUUUUAUUUUGUAGAGAGGAUGUCUGACCGGACGCUGGAGUAUUUCUUAAAUCCGAGUCAAGUGAAGAAAUGCCACGCAGCCGAGGUGAGAUGGUCGCACGCUGUCAACAGCAGGAGCAGGCUGACGGAGGCGCUCUCGGGUCCCACUCAUAUGAUUGAAGCUGAUGUAAUAAUCAGAGGUCGUGACCCCAAAGAGCCAAUCAUGGCACAUCCCCCUGACACCGACAGUGACAUCACACUGAAAGAGUGGCUGGAAGGAGUGAAGGAUCACAACAAGGGAAUAAAACUAGAUUUCAAGAGCCUGGAGGCGGUGUCUCCAUCUGUCGCUUUGCUGGAGGAGGUGUAUCAGCCAGACCGUCCUGUGUGGAUCAAUGCAGAUAUCCUCUCUGGUCCUGGGGGACAGGCCAGACCUCUGGACCCCCAGGCUUUCCUCUUCUCUGUGAAAACUCUUCCUUCUCACACCGUGCUGUCACUUGGCUGGACUACGGGAUGGACUGCUGGGACAGAUAACGCAGGUUACAGCUGGAAUAUGGUGCGUGUGAUGGAGGAGAUAUGUAGAGCCCUGAAGAAUCCAGUCACCUUCCCAGUGCGUGCAGCUCUCCUGGCCCAGUCCUUCUCUCAGCUCUCAUGGCUGCUCCAACAGUCGGACAGGUACACUCUAACGGUGUGGACGGGCCAGAAUGAUGAGUUCACACUACAGGACUUACUGCCCUACAAAGAAGAACUUGACAUCCAUAGGAUCUACUAUGACCUGCAGGACUCUGGAAGGACAGAGCUCAGUAUGACAUUGCAAGACAAUAACUGAUAGUCUGCCAGCACAUACGGAGACGCUCUACGGCUGUAGUUUCUUGUAUGCAUUUCUGUUUCUCUGCACAAAUGAUGACUUUUCUCUCAUGUAUUAGUUUAACUUGUGAAAUACUGUAGAGUUAUACUGCUGGCCUCUAGAAACACUGAGAAGCAGAGUAAUGUUUUGGUGAGCAGGAACAGAGAUGCGGAGUCACAUAUUCAUGGAAAAGAAAUGGCAAACUGGUUUGUAAUGUGUCGUGUAUAAACAUGUCUUGUUAUGAAUAGAACACAAAGGGUUGAUCUUCUGAAAUCAUGACAGUCAGGAUGAUCCACAGACUCCGUUGUGAAUAAUUAUGUGGAAAGUGAUUAUGAUUGUUACCCACUAACAAAGAAGUGAAGGGACAUACAAUAUGAGGGUAAGAUUUUGUGACUGCAGAAAGUACAUGUUCUAGAUAUGUUGCGCUUCCAUCUCUGAGCUGUGUCUGACUGUCCAAAGUAUUCACAGAGGAAGCUGGUGAACUGGAUCUGCUGAUAGACGCUUAUGGCAGCUUUCUAUUUAAUAGAUUUAGUUCCAUUUUGAUUUGAAAGACUACAACCAGAAGCAGCACCUGAGGGGAAAGCGUUGAAGUUAACUUGAAAUCACCAUGUUUGAAUUUUUUUUCGAAAAUGUCAUCAAUGAAUAACAAUGAAUGUUUUUGUUUAGCAUUUUAGUUUGACUUUUCUGUUUUAUUCAUGAGCACCAAGGUGAAAUUUGCAAAGUUUUUUUUUUUAAUGGCAGCUGAGACUUAUUCCUGUACCUGAUAGUAAAGUUAUGUAAAAUAACAGAAGAUAUAUCUUUUUAUCAUUCCUUUCUUUACGAAUUAUGUACGGUAUUAAUCCUAAUUUUAGGUGGUAAAUAACUUUAUUAGUAAAGCAAGUAUCUGUAAAAUGACAUUAAAAUAUUGUAUUUUUAAUCAUAUAAACCUGUAAUUUUACAAGCAUUUUAUAUUUAUUUUUCAGCCUCAUUAAAAUCACAAAUACCUUUCAUAUAACAAUAAAUCUAUUUAGAAUAACA